AUGAUGGUAGGAGCAUUAUAUUUUAUGAAUGAGAAAAGUUGGCAUAAGUCGGGACCAGGUAUGGGGGUUAGUAAUGAUGAUGAGCUGAAGGAAUAUGUGAGAUGUGCAAUAGUGAAUAUGUAUAUGGAAAUACUGAGGGCAUCAUCAUGUGGUGCAGACUGGGGUUUAUAUUAUGCAUGGUACACAAUGAAAGAGAUGGAAGACGGGAUAGGGCCUGGUUUAAUAACCAACGGUAAAUGUGGACAGCGAAUGUUUCAAAACAUACAAACAAAGGAAUUCGACAUGGCAGAGAAGAUUAAGAAAUGGUUAAAGAAAAACAAAGGCGUGACUGAAAAAAUUGGAGGGAACAAAAUAAAAAGCAUAUGUACGCAAAGCUUAGCAGAACUUGGGGCGGGCAAGGCGAGUAAACAUGACAAGGAUGAAAAAAUAAAACUGCAGCCACAGGAGAAAAGACUGAUACAGACACUAAGCCAAGAACUGAAGACCAUAGUUGAGGAGGUACAGAAAGAGGUAGUGCAAUGCGCGCGGGAAAAUGGAGCAUGCAUGGAGCCUAUCCAAGACGUCUCCAGUACAGAUAUCGACGAUGACGUGAAUGAGGCCAUAGUAUCGAACUCUGUCAACAGCGAUACACCAGCACCAUCCGGCAAAGUAGGUGGCAAAGAAUCGUCCACACCGGCCACAUCAGGACCCGUAGGUGUUCCCGAUGGUGCUGCCGUUGACCCUGUUUCUGCAUUGUCGGUACUUCCUGUACCUGAUGCUGCCUUAUUGUCAGUUGGUGAUGAUGGUGAUUCGGGUGGUGAUACAGGGGCUUGUGGAGGAGGUGGUCUAGCUGGUGGUACGUCUUCCCCGGAUGCUGAGGAAUCUGCUCUUCCUGGUCCUGGUGGCUGUGCGGAUCUUGCUGCACCUAUCCCUGGUGUGCUGUCGCGGUCUGCUGCCUUGACACCCGCUGCGGGCUCUGGUGUUUUCUCCUUGGGGGAUGAUUCUAGAAUAAAGCAGGAAGAACAACAAGAAAAAUGA